AUGAAGCACCUCGCGGCAUACCUCCUCCUCGGCCUUGGUGGCAACACCUCGCCCUCUGCUGCCGACGUCAAGGCCGUCCUUGAGUCCGUUGGUAUUGAGGCUGACUCCGACCGUCUCGACAAGCUGAUCUCCGAGCUCGAGGGCAAGGACAUCAACGAGCUCAUCCAGUCCGGUUCCGAGAAGCUCGCUUCCGUUCCCUCUGGUGGUUCCGGUGGUGCUGCCGCUUCCGGUGGUGCUGCCGCCGCUGGUGGCUCCGCUGAGGCUGAGGCCGCUCCUGAGGCCGCUAAGGAGGAGGAGAAGGAGGAGUCUGACGACGACAUGGGUUUCGGUCUCUUCGACUAA